UAGCAAUAAACCAAAAGGUUAUUUUGGGAUAAGCGCAUAAUCUCCCAACCGUCAAGAACCGCUAUUUGAAAAACCCCGAUUUUCCCGCCAUUGCCAUGAAAUGACACUUCACGGAAGGUGUGCAAUCACAGCUUCAAAAAGCUCUCAUUGUUCAAAAAAUCUCUCGCCAUCUGCCCAUGAAAUCAAGCAACUUCAUGCCCAAAAACUGAAGUCCAAAUCUAACGGAUCAGAUGCUGCCACGUGGGAUGAACUGAUCAGGGCCUAUUGCACCCAUGACCACCCCUUAGCCAAGCUUCCCUUCCUAGUUUACAAGCAAAUGCAAUUCCAAGGAAUCAGGCCUACCCAAUUCACCUUCCCUCCCCUCCUCAAGUCCUUGGCUGCAUGCACGGCCUGCUCCGAAGGCAUGCAAAUCCAUGCCCAAGCGGUCACAUCUGCCCUAAUCAGCAAUGUCUUCAUCGUGCACAGCUUGAUCGCUGUCUAUGGAAGAUCAGCUGCCAUUGGGGCCGCACGCCAACUGUUCGAUGAAAUGUCUGAAAGAAAUUGUGUCUCGUGGAAUGUCAUGAUUUCGUCUUACUGUCAGAAUGGGCUUUUCAAGGAGGCUUUGGUGUUGUUUCGGCAGAUGGCCGGAUCGGAAUUCGGGUUGGAUAGAGUGACCAUGGUCAGCGUCCUUCCUGCUUGUGCUCACUUGGGUGCGAUCGGGAUGGGGGAGUGGAUCCAUGGAAGGGCGAAGGAGGGUGGAGUUGUAAAUUGUGUCUUCCUUGGGACUGCUCUCGUUGACAUGUAUUGCAAAUGUGGGUUUGUUGAGAAGGCAAAGGAAGUCUUUGAUGAAAUGCCCGAGAAAAAUAUAGUGACGUGGAAUGCGAUGAUUGGAGGGUUUGCCAUGUACGGGCACUCGGACAGUGCAUUUGAGCUUUUCAAUAGCUUGACAACAUUGUCAAUUCGGCCCAAUUACGUGACAUUUAUUGGUGUUUUGUGCGCUUGCACACAUGCAGGCCUUGUUGAGGAAGGCCGACGAUAUUUUGCACUUAUGAGGGAAGAUUAUUUGAUUGAGCCCACCAUCCAACAUUAUGCUUGCUUGGUAGACCUCUUGGGCCGGGCCGGGCAACUAGUCGAGGCACUAGAGCUAGUACAAACAAUGCCAUUCUCGCCUGAUGCAGUCAUUUGGGGGGCCCUACUUGGGGCAUGUAGAAUGCAUAACAACAUUGAGCUGGGUGAAAGGGUCAUGGGCCAUUUGGUUGAGCUUGAGCCAAGGAACUGUGGUAAUUAUAUGAUUCUUUCCAACAUGUAUGCAGAUGUUGGACGAUGGGAUGAUGCCGCCGGUGUGGCAUCAAAGAUGAGAAAACAUGGUAUUAGGAAGAUGCCUGGUUGUAGUUGGAUCGAGGUGGAUCUUGAAGUUCAUCAAUUCUUUGUUGGAGAUAGGUCCCACCCCCAAAUCAAAAGUAUCUACAUUAAGCUGGAGGAAUUGCAAAGGCAGCUUAAGGUUGUUGGCUAUGUUCCUAACACUGGCUCGGCACUUAGGGACAUGGAGGAAGAAGACAAGGAAGACGCGCUCAAAAUUCACAGUGAGAAGUUAGCAGUCGCUUUUGGGCUCAUCAGCUUGAACCCAUGUGCGGCCAUUCGCAUUGUCAAGAACCUUCGUGUGUGCAUUGAUUGCCACACCAUGAUGAAGUUUGUUUCGAAGAUUGUUGGUAGAGAUAUCAUUGUUCGAGACAAUAGUCGAUUCCAUCACUUCAAGGAUGGUUCUUGUUCUUGCGUAGAUUACUGGUGAACAUGGUCUUUUUCUGGUGAGUUGCAUAACGUAAUCGGACUAGCUGAAAUGGAUUUGAGAAGGGCUCAAUGUAGUCCUUCCUCAGAUGCAUGCUUGUUUCUUGAAUGCACGCUCAUUGUGGCAGAGGAGGAGAAAGCACAAACCUUGGACAUGGUGAGGCCAAUAUCCAGUCUGUAUUGGGUACCUAGAGCAGUUUAAGUGAGGUUCCCAUAAACUGCAUCAAUUGCAUGGCCAUGGUCAACCAAGCCAACCUUCUUAAAAGCUGGCUUUUGCUGAAAGAUGUGUUCGAUUAAAUAAACAAGUCAGCCUCAGGAGGAGGUAAAAGCUCAACAUGAUAAUGCUCCGUUGAUGCUUGGAUUGUCAAAGAAUGCUUCAAGACUCAUUCACAAGUAUGGCUUUCAGGACUCCAAAUUUGCAGUUUGGAAUGUUUCCCAACAGGCCAACUAAACAGGCCUGAUUUGAGAAAAAGACCAGGAGAUGUCCCAAACCCAACAGGAAUUGAGAUAAAGUGCCCCAUUUGAGAAAAAGGCCCAUACUAUCACUGGUGUAUAGAUGGGCUCAGAUAUGUCUUGUUUUGAGGUGGAAGCGAUGGCUUUGUAGUGUUGGAGCUACGGGAGUUGGAAGCGAAUGCAGCAUGGAACCAAUAGCAUCUUUGGAGCGAUGUGCCCAUUCCUUGGUUGAUAAUCAUGCCAUGAGAAAAUGUGGGUAGGAAUAAAUAGCAUCUUUGGAGGGGCAUAUGGAGAAGAGCAAGGAACAAAUAACAAUUUUAUGUGGCGGACUUGUAUCCAUUGCCUUAUUCGAUCUUUUUUUGCAGUCUCUGCAGGCUUUAAUAGUAUGUUGUUAUCAAUGACAAAAGCAUCAUUGGAGGGGCACUAAUUACUUAGGCCUUGUUUGGAUGGGAAUAAUCCGAAACAUGGAUAUAGAAAUCAUCAAGGAAUCCUCUGGGUAGGGAAAAUUGCGGAUAUGAAUCCAAUAUAUGUUAUUUGUUUUGCAACUUUGAUUUCCAUGAAAAUGUUGAAAGGUCAAUGGUCAACAGCUGGAGACAUUUAUUAUUA